AUGACUUCGCCAGUUGACGAAUGGCUUCAGCAAUGGACAUAUAAUGCCGAUUCCGACAAUGAUAGCACCUCGGCCUUCCAGAGUCUCGAGUUCUUGUGCAUGCGAUGCCGCGACCUAAACCUUUCAAUGGAGAAAUUCAUCGUCAACGAAACCUUGCAAGCCUCGGGAAGUUCAGUUGUGACUAGCUUCGACCCUGUUGGUUUUGGCUCACUGGAAUUUGCUUGUCUCGAUGAGAUAUACGCUAACCGUAUACCCUGUCCACUAUGUUGCCUCAUUUACAACGGCAGCCGUUCUGAUGAUGGGUCUGGCGUUGGUCACGAUGGGUUGAACAUAAAAGGAGAACGUGUUUUGUGUAGUAUGGAGUGGCACCUUGAUUCGAGGUCCCCGACUUCGGGAGCUUCAACUCGGAGACUUCGAGUGUUUAACAAAGCGGAUGAGUUUCCAGAGUUCUACAUCAUUCCUCUUCUAGCGAAUUGGUCCGGCCGGCCAUCGAACAUGGCCAGAAACAAGUUCAUCACCUCAUUCGACUUCGAACUCGUAUCAACGUGGUACAAGAGCUGCGUAUCCUGUCACUCAGCGUGUGGGAACAAGAAAGAGCACAAAGGCACUGGUUUCAUACCGAAUCGACUUAUAGAUGUGCACUCUUUUCGUCUUUGCGAAUUUGACGACGUGAUACGCCCUCGCAAGAUGGAUUACGCUGCUUUAAGCUACUGCUGGGGCCGCCAGGCCCCGCUCGUGACAAGAAAGGACAACAUAGACGAGCAUAAGCAAGGUAUCCAGUCCGACCGGUUACAAAAGACACUACUAGAUGCCGCCACGGUCGCAAGAGAACUCGGCAUCGGUUAUAUCUGGAUCGACGCACUUUGCAUCAUACAGGAUUCACCUGGAGACUGGGAAAGGGAGGCGAAGCAGAUGGAUCGUAUAUAUACGGAGGCUGCGCUAACGAUCUGUGCCACCGCCGCUGACCCUUCUCACGGUAUCCCUGGCAUCCAAGGCAAGCGCAGACUCUUUCCCCGGGAACUUGACAUAUACGGGGGCCUGAAGUUGACUACGUUGCCUCCAGUGGCUAAGAUCAUUAGUUCAACUCCCUGGGACUCGCGAGCUUGGACAUUUCAAGAGCGUCUGCUAUCUAGGCGAUGUCUUAUAUCUACUCCAGAGGGACUAAUCUGGCAGUGCAAGUCUACCACGUGGAGGGAGGAUAUGGACGUUUCUUUGGACAAAGAUCUAUGGACUUUGGAUGUGGUGGGUUCGCCUUUACAAGCAAUUCAAGGCAACCCACUACGCAGCUAUACAUCGAGCGCAGAGAUAUACUCUGGAAGAUAUCUGACUUUCAGAAAAGACAAGGUCAUGGCUUUUGAAGGAAUUAGCGGAGCUCUUGAAAGACGUCUUGACUCGGCCUUCCAAUAUGGCAUGCCCCUUCGGUAUCUCGACUGGGUGCUGCUAUGGGUGGAAAGGGAUAAGUUGAAGGAUAAUAAUCGCUUUUUAUAUGGUGGUGAUGUUGAGCGAACAGAGUUUCCCAGUUGGUCAUGGUGUGGCAGGAACAGGCCCAUCUAUUGGCCGAGAUCGUUUCUCGAAGGAACACUAUUCAAUCUUAGCGACUGGUUUGCUAAUAGGACUUGGAUUAUUUGGUACAUCGGCGGAUCCAAUUGCUGGAAGCUUGUCUGGUAUGGAAAUGAGGAGUUCAAGAGCAGUUUAAAUCGUUGGGACGGAUACAUGUCGAGCCAAUCUGACUGCUAUGGCCGAUCCCAAACCGCUGCGGGCUGUCGUUUCAAAGCACAAGUCCAUCGAGACGAUGCUGCGGAUCUAGACGAUCACCCGUUCCAUCCUGACUUCAAAGGCCGUCUACUCUUCCAGUCAUUCACAGGCCACUUUGCCCUAUCCCGCAAAACCAUGUCGAAACCCACUUCCCAGGAAUCCCGAUUGCAUCAAUUCGGCCUCGCAGAUAGCCACGGCGAUUGGUGCGGAACUGUCACCCUUAACAAAGACUGGUAUAAUCGCAUUGGUGGCAUUUUCGAAUUCGUUGCUAUUUCUGAAGCUAAAGAUUUCAGUAUGGAUGAGCUUGAUACGUGGACUUAUUAUGUUUCUGAGGAAAGGCACCAGGCGGAGUGGUAUUGCUUCUAUGCGUUGAUGUUGGAGUGGAAGGAGACGGAACAUGGCAAGCACCUCAAAUGCGACCAGAAUGCAGACAAAUGCAAUCGAUGCCAAACAAAAGGGCUGGAAUGUGUGCGUACUUCGGCUCGUGCUUUCAGACAUGGCUCGUCAGCCAAGUACGAUGCCCAAUUCUCUGGUGCACAGAGUUGGGUGAAUAGUAAUGCAAAAGAGUUUCGUGUUCAGACAGGACCUAGGAGAUCAACCCAAAGAAUUGCUGUUGAAGACCACACAGACACAGGGUCAUCUUCGGGAUCACCGGGGAUAGCACGGCCUACAGAUAAUUAUCCUUCCAGCACACCUCAAAAUCAGAGCUUCGACCCGGCGUUCGACAAUUCCCCCUAUACACCACCAACAUUUUUGCCAUCCAAUACCGACUUCCCAGGUUCAUUCCCCAUUCAGCCUUUUGGAAGUUCUCAGCGAGGUCCUUCAUGGGGUGGUCUACUACACACCCUCGAACCACCACAAGGUAGAGACGUACCUCUAGAAGGCGUUCAAGAAGCAUGUCUGCUCCGCUACUUCAUUGAAGAUCUAUCACCAUGGUUCGAUCUAGUCGACCCCCAAAGACGCUAUCAACUCGUUGUCCCCGAGCGAGCCCGUCGUUAUCCGCCCCUCCUAAACGCCAUCCUCGCCAUGUCCGCUCGUCAUCUGUCGCGUCUUCAAAAGUACAAAACUCCCCAUGGAAUAGUUUACCGCGGCCAACCGCUCCCCAAUCUGACUCCAGGUACAGCGGUAGAAUACAUGUUGAAAUGCAUCCAAGUCCUAAAAGACUUUCACACAACUCAAGAUGGGGAAAUUCGAGAACUCAUUGUUACGACGGCUGUUAUACUGCGACACUUUGAGGAGUUGGAUGAUCAGGAAAGUGAGUCAGGCACGGAAGUGGAUGAGGGUGUAAACUUUCUUGCCAUUCUCAAUGCUGUCUUGAGGAGUUUGACAGCAGAUGAUCUGAGCCAUCGGAGGGAGCUGCUCAAUGCGUCUUACUGGAUUGCGCUUAGACAGGAAGUUUAUUAUGCACUCUUAAAAGGCUUCGCCCCGCAGAUUGUUGAGCCGCCGGCGGAAUGGGUUGAUAUAUCGCCUGCGAACAAGCUUGUUUCGCAUACGAAUCAGGUCGCGAAGUGGUUAUUCAGUGAUAAUUCUGAAAGUGGAUGGCAAAAGCUCAAAGAGCAGGAAGAGUAUCUUGAUGAGUACGUCACCGGCCGUUUCGCGCCCAUAUUAUAUCGCCCACCGGAUAAAGUCUCCGGCGAGGUCUUCCCAACGAUGUGGUUUGCGUCACCUAUUGCUCUUACGGGCAUGCAGCACAUGAUGAUAGCAAAGAUGAUUCUACUCGCCGAAUCACCACUUCUCUUACGAGCUGAAGAUGUCCGCGCAGCAUAUCGCAAAGCAGAAGGAGAUGUGCGGAACUUGGUCCUCGAACCACUCUCUCCUGCCAUGGCGGCUUUGUUAGAUGGCCUUAUCAGUAGUCGAGAAACGUCCAUCAGUUUCGAUUUUGCAACGCCACCAGGACCACCGCUGUCUAUCCAGCCUGAAGGGGCUAUAUCUAGCAGCAGUAGAUUCCAGGCGCGUACGGAAUAUGUAGGGCGACGUAUCGCUGCGCAGGCCGUUGCAUUAGCUCAGACCGGCCAGACCACUUUCAUUCACCACUCACAAGUCGAGUCUUCACCUGUUCUACAAGACGCUCUCGCAGGAAGUUCUUUGCAUGCUAUGCGAAAUCCAGCCAAUGCGACAAUUGUCAAGAAUGAAAUCUCGAGACGGGCAGCACUUCUAAUACAAGCUGUCGAAACACUGAUUGCCCAUUGCCCAACUGCUGGACUUGAUCUUCUCCCACCCGUUCAGGCAUUACUCAUAUAUCAGUCCAUACGCCUUUUCUCGACUAUAGACAUCACUCAACAAGCGCAGGCAGAACGUGAUGCGACAUAUCUAGCAUCAUGGGCCGCAAAGCUGAGGGAAGAGUUACAACCAUUUACUACCCCGAGAGAUUGGACAGACUGGGUACGACAAGAAAGUCUUCGAAGGACAGUUUUAUUCGUCGAAGUAAUCACGGGGGUGUACAGAUUUCUGAAACUCGGAUGGGACACAGGCGAACGGGAAAUAGACAAUCUUUGUUUGACAGUCCAAGCUGCACUGUGGGAAGCCAGGUCAGAAGUUGAAUGGGAAAUGGCAUGGACAAAAUACCCACGUCUUGAGGCUACUAUGUCGACCUUUAGACGCGAUACAAAAGAGGCGAAACCCGAGGAUUUUGAUGAAUUGGGAAUCAUGUUUCGUGCGACGUUUAUGGGCUUGGAAGCACUGGAACGGUGGCUUGGUGGCGAUAGAGAUCUAUUGAGGAAGUGGGGACUGAGAGGGCAGAUUCUCCCUCAAUAUUGA